AUCUGAACGAGGGCUGCUAUUUGUUGGAGAACAGGUGACAAAAAACAUCCAGAAGACAAAUCUUCAGGUGAAGCUGCAUCACACUUGGACCUUCCAUUUUAACGAUGAUGCAAUCGGUGAAGGAGAAAACAAUCAAGCGGGAGUUUGAAGUGAAGGAGGAGGACGUCGUCAAUGACGAUGCAUUUAUCGGUGCCACUUACGACCUGGGUGGAAACGGUUUGAAACAGAAGGUGUUGAAGGGUAUUUCAGAUGAAGAAGUCUACAAAUUGCAAUUCGAUCGCAUAGAUGAGGCUGAAACAUUUUACAACAUGUUAGCUAGAGUAGCCGGAUUUAGUAUUCGAAAAGAUGAUUUGAAGCGAGACAAGAAUGGAGAUAUAAUAUCUCGAAAGUGGGUGUGUUCUAGAGAAGGGCAGCGAGCGACAAAGUUUAUUGAAAAUGACAAGCGACAGCGUGAGCCACGAUCAUUGACUAGGGUUGGAUGUGAAGCUGCAUUUCGUGUAGGCUUGAAUAGGAAAGAUGGAAAGUGGAUUGUAAAGGAAUUUAUAGGAGAUCAUAAUCAUAAUUUGGUCGAUGCUAUCAACACACAAUUCCUUCGGUCUCAUCGAACAAUAAGUAAUCCCGAUAAGGCACAAGUUGAUGUUUUGCGUAAAGUAGGUGUUAAAACCACACAAAUUAUGGACUAUAUGGUAAAACAAUCAGGGGGACAUGAGCACGUCGGUUUCACACAAAAAGAUAUAUACAAUCACGUUGAUGCAAUGCGUAGAAGUGAAAUUAAAGACGGUGAUGCAGAAGCGGCAUUGGCUUAUUUGUGUGGAAAGGCAAAAAUGGAUUCUUCAUUUUUUUAUAAAUUCAACAUUGAUGAAGAAAGUCGACUAGCAAAUUUGUUUUGGGCUGAUUCAACUGCUUGAAUGGAUUAUGCGUGUUUUGGAGAUGUCCUAGCAUUUGACACAACCUAUAGGACAAAUGCCUAUAAAAAGCCUCUAGUAGUGUUGGUCGGUGUUAAUCAUCACCAUCAAACUGUUGUAUUUGGUUGUGCGUUAUUGAUAGAUGAAAGUGUUGGGACAUAUGAAUGGGUGUUGGAGACAUUUCUUGAAGCCAUGAUGAAUAAGAGACCCAUAUCUGUUGUAA